AUGAGAAAAAAAAGGAAAAAGCCCGUUGAGAGGUCGUGGCAAUUGGGUGUAGAGUUGCGUCAUCCUUUUUCUCCUCGCGGUCUGCUGGAAGACAAUCCGUUUCUCUUGUCUUUCAUCAUCUCCAAGCUAUCCUUCUCAAUCGAAACCUGCUCGCGCAUCCCCUUCAUGAUGCUUGGCCUUCACUACCUCACGCAGUCGCUGCCCCAGUCGGCCUGGAUCCCCAACCCGCCCCUGACGGAGAAGAACCUGCCGGAUCAGACGGGCAAGGUGCACAUUGUCACCGGCGCCAACUCGGGCGUCGGCGAGCAGCUCAUGCAGAUUCUCUACGAGAAGAACGCCACCGUCUACGUCGCCGCGCGCAGCCAAGACAAGGCCGACGCGGCCAUUGCCAGCGCCAAGUCCAAGUACCCCGCCUCCAAGGGUCGCCUCGCCUUCAUCUCCGUGGACCUCUCCGACCUGCGCACCGUCAAGCCGGCCGUCGACGCGUUCCUCGCGCGGGAGAAGCGCCUCGAUGUGCUCGUCAACAAUGCCGGCGUCAUGUUCCCGCCCGCCGACGUCACGAGCGCGCAGGGCCACGAGAUGCAGAUGGCGACCAACUGCCUCGGCCCGUUCCUGCUCACCAAACUCCUGACGCCGAUCCUCAAGACCACGGCCAAGACGGCGCCCAAGGACUCGGUGCGCGUCAUCUGGGCGUCCUCGCUCGCCAACAACCUCUUCUCCCCGUACGGCGGCGUCCCCCUGGACAAGGAGACGGGCCCCAAGGACUACAACACGCAGACAAACUACGGCCAGUCCAAGACGGGCAACCAGUUUUACGCUGCCGAGUUUCACCGCCAGCAUGCCGCAGACGGCAUCGUCAGUGUCACAUUCAACCCGGGCAACCUGCAGAGCGGCUUGCAGCGCCACCUGCCCGGCCUCAUCCACAGCUCGCUGGCGUACCUGGGCUAUCCGCCCCGAAACGGUGCAUACACGGAGCUGUUCUGCGGUUGGAGCAAAGACAUCACCAUGGAGAAGGGCGGGUCGUUUGUGAUUCCGUGGGGCCGUCUCGGCAACGAUUAUGUCCGUCCCGAUCUGGCCAGGAUUGUGGCGGAGAACAAGACAAACCCGGAGGCAACGCCGAGACAGUUUUGGCAGUGGAGCGAAAAGGCAACUGCCAAGUAUGCCUAA